CAAAAAUUUCAGAAUUCAGACAUCAAACACCUCAUCGUUUAUCGUGUACAGUCACGUUAUAAUAUAUUCAUUCGAUUCAUUUGAUUCAUUUGAUUCAUUUGAUUCAUUUGAUUCAUUUGAUUAGAAAAUGACUGGUCGCGGUAAAGGAGGCAAGGGAUUGGGAAAAGGAGGUGCGAAGCGUCACAGGAAGGUACUUCGUGAUAAUAUCCAGGGUAUCACGAAACCUGCUAUUCGUCGUUUGGCUCGUCGUGGCGGUGUUAAGCGUAUAUCUGGACUGAUUUACGAGGAGACUCGGGGUGUAUUGAAAGUUUUCCUGGAAAACGUCAUUCGCGAUGCAGUUACAUACACUGAACACGCUAAACGGAAGACUGUCACAGCUAUGGAUGUCGUUUACGCUUUAAAGAGACAAGGCCGCACGCUUUACGGUUUUGGAGGUUAAGAAGGAAAAAUCUCUACUUCGACAUGCGAUCAUCGACGAUCGCUAAAAAGAAAACGGCCCUUUUCAGG